AGGUGGGGUGCGGUGGUUGGCUGCUGGAGCGGCGGGACCUGGCGGGAGCUGAGGUGGGCUCAGUGCGGAGCGGCUUAGAAGAGAAUAUUCCACUGAAAUGUAAUCAAGGUCUCAUUAUCAAGUCUGUCAGAGGAAGAGACUCCCAUGUAGCAGGAGUAGCAUACUAGCAAAUGGAGAGAGCGUGCCUUAGACGUGGAUGGUAGCGCCUACCACACGUGCGUUCAGAUUUAAAGAUGACUCCCCGUUGGCAGGAUCCUGGCUCGGUGCGCAGCCUCCGGCGACAUGAAGCAGCCUGUGUUCAGACUUCUUUUAGUCAGUGGGAUUUGUAACUGCCGUUGAUGUUGAAUGAGUGUGAGGUGGUACGUGCUCUUAUUUCAUUGGAGGUACUGACUCAUGGUCAUGGCUUGCAUAGAUGUUAACAGAAGGAAGCAUGUAGGCCUUCAGCAGCUGUCAUCAUUAACGGAAACAGGACGAAGUUUCUUAGGCCCAGUAAAGUCGUCCAAGUUUAUUAUAGGUGAAGGAGCUCGGGAAAGUGUAUUAACCUGUUCUCCAGUGAGGCUUCUUGAGAGUCUGGAUUUAACUAGUUCAGUUGGACAGCUUCUUUAUGAAGCAGUGCAGUCUCAGAAGAGCGCAUAUGGGACAGGGACCAGCACCCUGUUGUUUCUCGCCGGCGCGUGGAGCGCGGCUGCCCUACAGUGCCUUCAGCAAGACAUCCCUAUUUCGGUCAUAGUGUCAGUGAUGUCAGAAGGCCUGAUGUCUUGCAGGGAAGAAGUCGUUCCUCUUGAAAUCCCUCUACAUGACAUGCUUGGUAACACGGGACACACAAGGAGUUACCCUUUCCUUGGAACGCAGAGCGUCAUUCCCAGCCCUCUUGUGCAGAUUCCAGCAGAGAUUGCUUGGAUCCAAAGGGAGCAGGACAGAAAAGAUAUGUCUUUUCAACCAUCCCCUGCUGUGUUUUCUUCUAGGCACUCCUCUGAAUUAUCUUCUAGAUCUUCCUACUUCAGUUCUCAGUCUGUAGCUAAAGGGAAUAAAGCUAUGUCACAGGCUCUCCAAACCAAUCUGAUUCCAAAUAGCCACACCAGAAAAUCAGGACUAAGCCACAGCAGGCAUUUUAAUAGGGCAGAAAGUAGCUCUUACCAGACAAGCGACGAAGGACAGCUAGACGCUUGGGUUCCUCGAUGCAGUGACAUGGUGCAGCUGGCCAUGGGUCUGAGUCAUGGAGAUCACAGCAGCAUGGCCUUAGUGGAAGCAGCAGUCCGAUGCCAGUAUCAGAAUGCGUGUGUGAGGAGGAAUCGUACAGCACCAUCUAGGUUUGAUGUUUCAAAAAUCUCCACUUGCUGUUUACCAGGCAUACCUGAAAGCUUUUCUUGUGUCCUCUCUGGAUAUAUCACUCUAGUGUCAAUAGACCAUAUUGCUAUCAUCAGAGAACUCCAGAAUCAGCCUUUGCGGGUGGCUCUCAUUGAUGGUGACUUCAGCGAGAAUUACCGCCACUUGGGAUUUAAUGGGCUGGGAAAUGUUAAAACUCAAUUGGAGAGUCUGACAUAUCAAGAGAAGAUGUGGUUGGACUGUAUUUUGGAGAUAUUAAUUCAGUUAAAUGUAAACCUGGUCAUGGUGCGAGGAAAUGUGUCUGAAAAUGUAAUGGAAAGGUGUAUGCUUAGGAACUUGCUGAUCAUUGGGCCUGUAAGUCAUCACGUGCUGCAGGAUUUUGCCGAGGUCACUGGAGCAGUGCGGGUGACCUAUGCCACACAACUGAAUGAAGAGUGUGUGGGGAGUGAUGUCUACGUGAGCCUGUGGAGAGCAGGCCAAUUGAACGCCAAAGAAAUAAGCGACAAGGUGGCUGUCUUGGUCAAGGCUGAAGGAAUCCUUCUGGCCACCGCUGUGCUCACUAGCCCGGUCGUUGCACAGAUGCAAGCCAAAGAAGAUCAUUUCUGGACUUGUGCCUACCGCAUGUAUCAUGCCCUGGUCGAUGAGAAGGUCUUCCUGGGAGGUGGCGCAGUUGAAGUCUUAUGCCUCACCCAUCUUCAGACGUUGAUAGAACGAUCACAGAAAAAGAUGGACCAGGAUCAUUCAGCACGACUUCACAGGACUUCCUCUUGGAUGGCUUCGUCUCAGGCACUUUAUAGACCAGCCGUGCUUGAAGCCUUGGCCGAUGGAUGGCACAGGUACCUUUCAUCGGUCGUGUGUAACACGGGUACUUGCUCUUCAGAGACUGAAGCCAGUACGUUCAUUCGAAACUUUCUCCAAAAAACUAUAGACUCUGGUUGUCCGUUAUUAUACCUUCUGAAAGAAUAUAAUAAAGUGACUAGUGGGGUUUUAAAUUCUGGUAUUCCUAGUAGACUAGAAGAAACUUCAAGGGUUUAUGAUGUUGUCACACCCAAGAGGGAAGCGUGGCGCAGAGCACUAGACUUGGUGCUGUUAGUGCUUCAGACAGAUGCUGAAGUUAUUACUGGGGCUGAGUAUACACAGUUAAGCUCACAGGAUUCCAACGAAUUAUUGUUAUUGUAGUUCUAUUUUACCAUAAUACCAUGGGAAAAGAAUGAUAAAACACCUUUUAAGAAAAUCUAGGAUUCUCUGAAUAAGUCAAAAAUAGCUACUGUAUCAUUUGCUGUUGAAUGCAGAGAGAAAAACGAGUAAGUGCCUUUCUCUCCCUAACAAUAAACUAGAAACCUUAGACACAUUUGCUACCUAGUCUCAAAAGGACACUGUUAGAACUUAGCUAGAUAAAUUCUGGACCCGAGUGAUGCUAGCAUGUUUUGUUAAAGAAUUUUUCGGAUUACAAAAGCAACCUUCCUUCUCCUACCCCAGGAGUGGGGAGUGGAACAAAAAAGAAAUGUUGUUUUUUUUUUCCCAGAUGACAGGCUAAAGUUAAUGUUCUGGAACAAUAAAAAUGAUUUGAUUUUCAA